GAAAAAAGGGAAAAAUUUCCCUCGCCAAACGGGCUCUAAUUGUGUUCGGAAAGUUGCUUAAUGUCAUCAAUACCCAAAUACAAACUUGAAAAGACACAUUUUGUUCAAUUUUCUCUUAUUAUUUUGCCUCCUUUGUUUAUCACAGGGAGAAAAGGAGUUGCAAAAGAUAGAACAAGAAAGCGGCGAGUUGAGUGUGUGCGAGUGAGAGAGAAGAUGUUAGGGAAAGAAGAAUCCAACACGCUGUUGACGUUGCUCAAAGCCGGAGAUCAUCGCCCGUUCGAUGAGAUCGUCGCCGACUUUAUAUCCAGUUUCCGUCCCCAUCGACAAUUUUAUGCCUGCAUCUCUCUCGCCUUAAUCCUUGACGAAAAACUUCUUGAACCAGCUCAGAGAUUAGUUGCUUUUGCAAUUCUUCAGCAGGUUUAUUCCCCUCAAGUGCCUUCUUCAAAUCCGUUCAUUUCGUUGCUGGUAAAUGCAGCCUGUGACGAAGGAGCUGAACAACGUGAAAGGGCUUUUAUUCUUCAGUUGUUGGGCUCAGCCAGCUCAACCAGUAGCAGAGAGGUUCUUAAACAAUCGGCAACAGAUCACAUGAAAAUGUUCGAUACUUCACAACUUUCUUUCCCACAACGAGAGCAGUUGCAACAGCAAUAUGGUAACAAAGCUCUACCAGAACAGUUUCAAUGCUUGUUCAGGAACAAUUCUGUGAAAAAUAGCAUUCCAGACCGUGAUGUACCUCGUGGCUGUGACAGCAAUUCACUAGAGUUUGAUCUUCUCCCUGGAUCUAAGCCUAAGAUUGGAUCUGGGGAUGUUGACGAGACUAUAACUGGUUUGUUAUCAAAUUUGUCAUUGGAAGGAUUAGGACCUCAAUGGAUAAGGCCUCAUCCUCCCAGGCUACCUGUAUUGGAUGGAGAGCUAGUGUGGCUAAAUCCCAAUUACAAUUAUGAGCUUCUAUGGGAUCAUGGGAUGUGUGCCGAUACAAGCAGAGGAGCGGCAGUCAGGGAUUUGAUUGCAAAAGCUCUAAAAGGUCCACUUGUACCUGCUCAACAAGAGCAAGUACUAUUGGAGUUGGCAAAUGAUCCAAAGCUUGUCUACCAUUGUGGGUUGACACCAAGGAAGCUGCCAGAACUUGUGGAGAACAAUCCUGUUAUUGCAGUUGAAGUUCUGGUUAAGCUGGUCAAUUCGCCGGAGAUUGCAGAAUAUUUUACAGUUCUUGUUAAUAUGGAGAUGAGUCUUCAUUCUAUGGAAGUUGUUAACAGGCUCACUCAAGCAGUUGAAUUGCCAACUGAAUUUAUACAUAUGUACAUCACCAAUUGUAUAUCUUCCUGUGAGAAUAUUAAGGAUAGAUAUAUGCAAAACCGACUUGUAAGACUUGUCUGUGUUUUCCUUCAGAGCUUGAUCCGGAAUAAGAUCAUUAAUGUCCAUGAUCUCUUCAUUGAAGUACAAGCAUUUUGUAUCGAGUUCUCAAGGAUUAGAGAGGCAGCGGGGCUGUUUAGGCUUCUGAAGACAUUGGAGUAGAUGCUGCCUCGUUCACCCCAUUCCUCCGAUGAAAGUUUUCUUUGAUGUAGCAUGUGUACAUGUGUUUUUAUUUAUCUUUUGUUCUGAUUCCGUUCUUCCAAGUAGUUAGCACCCAAUUCGGGGUCAUUGUAUCCUUGGAUCAGCAAAGUUAUAAUUAUAAAGUUUAUUUCACAGUUAGUACAUUCAUUUUCCCAAAUCCUAAAAAUGGAACAAUAGAAGAAUGGUUUUAUUCUUGUCAA